AUGGCGUCUACCUCUGCUCCUACAGAGUCGCUUCCGCGCCCCGCAAAUGGAACGACGUUCGUCGACCCUAAGGAUAGAUUCUGGCACAUGUACCUUCAAGAAGCGCAGGUACAAGAUAAGCAAAGGACCGAUCGUUGGAAAGGGGACGCCGACGGCAUUCUAAUCUUCACGGGUCUGUUUGCUGCCACCGUCGCGACAUUCGUCGUUCAAACAUACCCUAGUCUCUCCCCCGAUACUGGAGCAGAGACCGUCGCUAUCCUUCAGCACGUCGCAGCCCUUCUCGCGAACCAAAGCCAACCGGCUGCUGCAUCUUCCUCGUCCGCGCCCUCAAUUCCCAUCUGGUCUGGCCCCGCGCCAUCCGAUGUCCGCGUGAAUGCUCUCUGGUUUCUGUCAUUGAUCGUGUCUAUCAUCGGUGCCCUACUCGCCACGUUGGUCCAGCAAUGGUCCCGUCAAUAUACCCAGGAUAUACAACGGCGCGGCUCUCCCGCAUCUCGAGGGCCUAUACGGCUCUUGCUGUCUUCCGGAAUCGAUGAUUUUCACAUGGACGAUGCUCUCGGGUUCAUUACAUCACUUAUCCACGUUGCGGUUGCCCUUUUCUUCUCCGGUCUUUUGGUCUUCCUGUAUGCCUUGGACGAUGUUGUGGCUUGGUUGGCCAUGGGAGCUCUCGCUUUAGCAUCGUUAUGCUACUUAUCUCUCAGCGUCCUACCUCUCAUCUAUCCGACGUCGCCUUAUCAAACACCUCUCACCUCUCCUCUGAGGUUCGCGGCAAUGGGAUUUGCUGUACUAUCCACUGCGCUUGCGUUGCUUGCAACGAGGCUUGUGUUGGCCGUUCAAACCCUAUCACACCCGGCCCUUAUGAACGCUGCAGAUCAGUUCGGUGGUCUUCAACGCCGCGAUUCUAUGGCCAUGGCCCUUAGCAAUACCUUUCAGAUCACCUUGACAAAGCGCCUCCAACGUAUGACCCGCGGGCGCGUGUCUCUUAUGCAGGAAUCGGCCAGGAGUCUAGGGACAAAGAGCAUAUGCCAAGCGAUUGACGUGCUGUGGCAGCAGAUCGACGAGCCUCGAGAGAUCGCGGAUUUCUGCGAAACCAUACAACAUUUCAUCACCCAGCCCGAGCUCAGAGAAACGGAUCAAGAAGAGCUGACUAGCUUCCUACUUCUUGAGAUAAACAUCCUGACGCGGGUGUGCGGUUUGGUGUCGUCAUUGACACCUGCACCGGGCAGGACAUCCAACGAGGCAGAAACCAAUCGCAGAUUGGCGACCAGUGUCCGUCUGUCGGUUUCCCUUGUACGGCGGCACUUGGAAAGCGGCCAGCACGAUGGCAACGUGUUACAGGCUUUCAUAGCCUUACAUGCGACCCUCAUCACCCUUGUCCCCGAGGAACUACGCCACCAUUGCCAUGUUUCAACCUUCUACCUGGUUCGAUUCCUCCUGCACGAGAUGAUGCCGGAGGUCAAGGCAACUAUCACGAUGCUGAAAUCUGCGACCGUUCUGCGGCGAUUGGACAUCCCGGAGACUUUCCUCCAAGAGAUAGACUACCCCUGCCACACGUACCUUGAGCAGCCCGACCUUCGCCCGAUGUACGGGUCUGCGACGCCGAAGACCCGCUUCUUAGAUGCAGAUGACUACAAAUUGAUAUUUGAGCUCAAAACGGCCAGAGCUUGGGAUUGCGAUCAUUGUCGGCUCACGCUGCUGCUCGUUGAUAUCAUGCAGAGCAGUACGGACGCGCGACCUCUGUUCGCGGACUAUCACAGCAUGAUUAUUCCGCUGUUGCAACUGCUCGAUGAAAAUGCUAAGCGUGCGAUCGCGCGCAAUGAAGACGACUCCCAUCGAGAGCACCCUGCCUACUAUCUGUUCGUCGAGUUACUUAGCAAUAUGAGCUUUGACCACGCCGCCAACACCCCAAUAAAAGCUUUCACAGUGAACGACCCGGAAACACGUAGUGGUCCGAACGCAUAUGCUGCGCUCAGCUUCUACCUGGACUGGUUCAAGCUGUCUCCGAGUCACCGGGUGGUCGAGCGCAUCUUCGAUGCAUUGAUCGAGCGACUUGCGCAUAGCAAGGUGGCCGAAUUGUCUAUGGACCACAUCCAACGAAAGCUCGGCUACCGUUCGACGCCAGCUAAUUGGGAGAUGAAGCGCGCUCGGGGGCGUAUAUGGUUCAAGAACGCGAUCACGCACAAAACGACGGACACGGACAUACGCAUUCGACCAGAUCCAGGAGAACGAGAUGAGUAUGGCGGAGAGAAGGCUUCGUUGCUCGAUCACGAUGGUUCUACUCGUUCGUCCAUCUACGACGAUAUCAAAGAGUACGAUGUGGGAUCGGCCGUGGAUGCCCCAGAUUUUCCCCAACCCCAACAUGGGUAG